ACCAGCUAGCUAUACAUAUAUAUAUAUAUCUAUAUAACGCGAUUGUUAAUAGAAAAUCCCAUUCGAGUCCGAGUCUUUGUAAUUCUAACUCCAAGUGACGACUAAGGAGACAAGGUAAGUAACCUGACUUGCCUUAAUUCCUAGAUCUAGUUUAUCGUGGAGUUGCUGGUCGAUCCAUAAUAUUCCGGGCACCAAUAAUGCCCUGUUGAUUUCACAACUCUCUCUCGCGCUCUCUAUCUGCCUUUCCUCAGACAGCACCCAGCGUCGAAGUAGCCAUAUAGCAAGAGACGAAAGUCAAAAUGGCUACGGCUACGCAAACAAUGACGAAACUCGAGAAGGCAUCUGCCGCCUUUCGCAAGCACCUACCUGAUCUCAACACGCCGCGUUUCCAGGAAGCGAAGCAGCAAGAUGCCUAUUCGUACGCAGAAGCGUUUCAGAAAAACCAUGUUCCGCCGUGGUUGUAUAAUUUGACUAAGGCGUGGGAGAAGUUGUAUGAGGAGCCGUAUAAGGGCGUUACGAGCGAUGGAAACAUCAUUCCUGAUCUGUUUAAGAUCCAAGAUGAGGGAGUAGACACUGGAAAGAUCGUCCAGGCCACAGAAAAUCUGUUAUCGAAGCUCUCUCCCGAGCAGAAAUCCAAGCUGCAGUAUCCCGUCAACGCCCAUGAAUGGCGAGCAUGGUCGAACCCAGAGUUUCUACUCAGACCAUUCGGUCUCCGACUCGAGGAGCAGGACGAAAGUGUCGCCCGUGCGAUCCUCGCUGUCAUAGAAGCCUCACUUUCCCCAGAAGGCUACCAAAAGGCGCUGGGCGCUAUGCGGAUUAACCAUUUCCUGGGUGAAGUGUGUGAAGUUCCCAAGAUCAUGAACAAGUACUCGUACAAUUUCCUGCUCUUUGGCACUCCCUCGACCACGGAAGCCUGGGGAUGGAACAUGUACGGACAUCAUCUGUGUCUGAACGUGUUCCUGAAGGGAAGUCAGAUUGUGAUUUCUCCAACUUUCACCGGUGCAGAGCCUAAUGUUGUGGACGAUGGCGAGUUCUACGGCACACAGAUCCUUCACCCAGAAGGUGAUCUCGGUCUGAAGCUCAUGCAGAGUCUGUCUGAAUCUCAGCAGAAGCGAGCACAGAUCUUCAAGAAGUUGCGCGACCCGGGCAUGAAGCAGACAGGCGACUUGACCGUUGAUCGAUGGAAUCGUGAUGACCAGCGCCAUCUCUGCGGUGCCUUCCGUGACAAUCGCAUUGUUCCAUAUGAAGGGGUCCGUGUUUCCGAGUUUACUUCAGAACAGAAGAACCUCAUUCUCGAUAUCGCGGAGCAAUUCCUACUCUACCACCCGAAGAAAGCACGAGAGAUCCGCAAGGCCCAGAUCAAGGAACAUUUCGAUAACGCCUAUUUUUCUUGGAUUGGCGAAUACGGCGAUGACGAUCCAUUCUAUUUCCGGAUCCAGUGUCCUAUCAUCAUCUUUGAGUUCGACCACCAUUCUGGUGUAUUUUUGACGAAUGAGGAGCCAGCAAAAUUCCACAUUCAUACGAUUGUGAGGACGCCAAAUGGGGGCGAUUAUGGAAAUGCGUUGAGGAACCCGGCGGAGAAGCUAUAAUCAGUUAUUCCUGUUGUCUGUAUUGACGUACUUUGACCGUGAAACAUAAUAUGAGUGAAAGAUAUAAAGUUGAAAAAUAUGGUCUUGUAGGGCUUUGAUUUCAGUAUUGCGUUAGGAUGAUCAGCCAUAGUCGCCUUUGUAUAUCUGAGUUGACUGUAAAGGAUCCGAAGUCCUC